AUUCCCUCUCAGGGUGUGGGCACCCUGACACACCUGCCCGACAGACCCAGGCUGGACAAACUCCCUCAGGUCCUCCGUAUGACCGCUCUUCGGAGAGAAAAGGGGGAGCCGCAAAGAGCGAAGGAGGCCGACGGGAAAAGGGAGAGGAAGCCUCUCCGUGCGCCCCGGAGCUGGGUUGGCAGAGAGGUGCCCGGCAGAGUAGGCUGGGGGAGCGGGGACGGUCCCCGCCGAUCGCAAGUGAGCUCAGCAUCCUUCCCCGGUCCUUCUCCUUCCUCCUCCGCCCCCCGCCCGCGCGGCUGCCUGGGAGCGGCGGCCGAGAGGGGCCUAGGAAGUUGGUGGCAACUUCUCCAUCCCGGGGACGCUCGGCGCCGGGCGCUCAAGUUGGAGCCGGGAUUUUGAAAGCCGCGGCACUCCGCCUUGGAGUCCCCGCCGGAGGUAGUGAGGUGGGCCCGCAGGGGCUCCCGGAGCGACUGCAGGUUUGAAGGAGGGCUGGAAGGCAGGAAGAGGCGCUGCCCUCUGAGCGGGGCUGACACAUCGCAGGUGCGGCCUCAGGGUCCGCACCGUGUCUCCCUCCUGCGGUCCCGACCCGAGCGUGGCGGCCUUCUCCGGGCGCUUCCCUGCGGAGGCUCCCGGGGCGGCGGCGCGUGGGUUUGGGCAACCACCGUAAGGGGGACGAAGCAGGCAGGUGGCAGGUGGCAGGUGCGGGGAGCCACACGCGCCCACCGGGGACAUGCACCGGGCGUGACUCUUGGGAUGACCCCCCAGAAGGAGGAGAGGAUCUCAGGGCUUUUGCUGGAGAUCUUGGCCCCGACCUCCUCUGGGGCGUUGCAAGUCUCACGUACUAGUGUCAACCACAGGAUCGCCUCGUAAAAGUGCCCUGGUUGGCAGCUUUGACCUCUGCGCCCUUCCUCGGCGAACUUUCUCCGCGGCAUUCCAGAUUUCCAGGCAAUUGUUGUAAGACUUGGACUCUACGUGGUUGUAUCAGAGACAGGGAAAAUUAAAAAAAAAAAAAAAAAAAAAGACGUCCUAUUCUCAGGAGAGAACCGUUCUACCCGGACUGGCUGGGGUUCCCUGCUUGCAUCCUUGGAGGCCAGGAGACCUGACUUUUCCAAGAGGAACAGAGGAGGGGUGAUCUUUAGAGGGUAACUGAGUAUGGAUCAUUUGAACGAGGCACCUCAGGGGAAAGAACAUUCAGACAUGUCUAACAAUGUGAGCGAUCCGAAGGGUCCACCAGCCAAGAUUGCCCGCCUGGAGCAGAACGGGAGCCCACUAGGAAGAGGAAGGCUUGGGAGCACAGGUGCAAAAAUGCAGGGAGUGCCUUUAAAACACUCGGGCCAUCUGAUGAAAACCAACCUUAGGAAAGGAACCAUGCUACCAGUUUUCUGCGUGGUGGAACAUUAUGAAAACGCCAUUGAAUAUGAUUGCAAGGAGGAGCAUGCGGAAUUUGUGUUGGUGAGAAAGGAUAUGCUUUUCAACCAGCUGAUAGAAAUGGCAUUACUGUCUCUGGGUUAUUCACAUAGCUCUGCUGCCCAGGCCAAAGGCCUAAUCCAGGUUGGAAAGUGGAAUCCAGUUCCACUGUCUUAUGUGACAGAUGCCCCUGAUGCUACGGUAGCAGAUAUGCUUCAAGACGUGUAUCAUGUGGUCACAUUGAAAAUUCAGUUACACAGUUGCCCCAAACUAGAAGACUUGCCUCCCGAACAAUGGUCGCACACCACAGUAAGGAAUGCUCUGAAGGACUUACUGAAAGAUAUGAAUCAGAGUUCGUUGGCCAAGGAGUGCCCCCUUUCACAGAGUAUGAUUUCUUCCAUUGUGAACAGCACUUACUAUGCAAAUGUCUCAGCAGCAAAAUGUCAAGAAUUUGGAAGGUGGUACAAACAUUUCAAGAAGACAAAAGAUAUGAUGGUUGAAAUGGAUAGUCUUUCUGAACUAUCCCAGCAAGGGGCCAAUCACGUCAACUUUGGCCAGCAGCCGGUCCCAGGGAACACAGCCGAGCAGCCUCCGUCCCCCGCGCAGCUCUCCCAUGGCAGCCAGCCCUCUGUCCGGACCCCUCUACCGAACCUGCACCCUGGGCUCGUGUCAACGCCCAUCAGUCCUCAAUUGGUCAACCAGCAGCUAGUGAUGGCUCAGCUGCUGAACCAGCAGUAUGCAGUGAAUAGACUUUUAGCCCAGCAGUCCUUAAACCAACAAUACUUGAACCACCCUCCCCCUGUCAGUAGAUCUAUGAAUAAGCCUUUGGAGCAACAGGUUUCAACCAACACAGAGGUGUCUUCCGAAAUCUACCAGUGGGUACGUGAUGAACUGAAACGAGCAGGAAUCUCCCAGGCAGUAUUUGCACGUGUGGCUUUUAACAGAACUCAGGGCUUGCUUUCAGAAAUCCUCCGAAAGGAAGAGGACCCCAAGACUGCAUCCCAGUCUUUGCUGGUAAACCUUCGGGCUAUGCAGAAUUUCUUGCAGUUACCAGAAGCUGAAAGAGAUCGCAUUUACCAGGAUGAAAGGGAAAGGAGUUUGAAUGCUGCCUCGGCUAUGGGUCCUGCCCCCCUGAUAAGCACACCACCCAGCCGUCCUCCCCAGGUGAAAACAGCUACGAUUGCCACUGAGAGGAAUGGGAAACCAGAGAACAAUACCAUGAACAUUAAUGCUUCCAUUUAUGAUGAGAUUCAGCAGGAAAUGAAGCGCGCUAAAGUGUCCCAAGCACUGUUUGCAAAGGUUGCAGCGACCAAAAGCCAGGGGUGGUUGUGUGAGCUGUUACGCUGGAAAGAAGAUCCUUCUCCAGAAAACAGGACUCUGUGGGAGAACCUCUCCAUGAUCCGAAGGUUCCUCAGUCUUCCUCAGCCAGAACGUGAUGCCAUUUAUGAACAGGAGAGCAACGCGGUGCAUCACCAUGGCGACAGGCCGCCCCACAUUAUCCAUGUUCCAGCAGAGCAGAUUCAGAGCCCCUCUCCCACCACCCUUGGGACAGGAGAUUCUAGAGGCGUUUUCUUACCAGGCCUGCUGACCCCUGCACCGUGGCUCGGUGCUGCUCCUCAGCAGCAGCCGCAGGCGCAGGCGCAGCAGCAGCCGGCGCCGCCGCCCCCGCAGGCGCAGGCGCAGCAGCCCAGCGGGCCCCGGCUCCCCCCGCGGCAGCCCACGGUGGCCUCGCCCGCCGAGGCGGAGGACGACAGCCGGCAGAAGACCCGGCCGCGGACCAAGAUUUCCGUGGAAGCCCUGGGCAUCCUGCAGAGUUUCAUCCAAGACGUCGGCCUGUACCCGGACGAGGAGGCCAUCCAGACUCUGUCGGCGCAGCUCGACCUCCCCAAGUACACCAUCAUCAAGUUCUUUCAGAACCAGCGGUAUUACCUGAAGCACCACGGCAAACUGAAGGACAACUCGGGCCUGGAGGUGGACGUGGCCGAGUACAAGGAGGAGGAGUUGCUUAAGGAUUUGGAAGAGAGCGUCCAAGACAAAAAUGCUAACACCCUUUUCUCGGUGAAGCUAGAAGAGGAGCUGUCGGUGGAGGGGAACACAGACAUUAACGCCGACUUGAAAGACUGAGCCCGGAGCAUCACCUUCAUCCGGCAGCGCCCCUGGGAUCGGCACCGGCACCGGCACCGGCGGAGAGGGCCGCCUUGUAUUCUCAGAAAAGCCUUCAUGUCCACGGCGUGGCCAAUGAAGCUUCAGAAACUUGCACAAACAGGAGAGUUGAGAAAGGAUGAUCCAGACUGCACUAAACGUUUUACUCUGUUUUACAAACUGCUUGGCAGCCCCAGGUGAAGCAUCGAGGAUUGUUUGGUAUUAAAAGUUAGAAUUUCUGUUCCCGGGACACAUCGAGGUGUGUACCCCGUAGGCAUGAUACCAGUGAUUUUUUUUUUUUUUAAUUUAAAAAAAAAAUUUUUUUUUUUUAUUAUUCUGGAGCCUCAAACAAGCAUUAUAACUUUCUGUGAUUAUGAUUUCCUUCCUUUAAUUAUUUCUGUAACACUCCACACUGAUCUUUGGAAACUCGCCCCUUAUUUUAAAAAAAGAAGAAGAAGAAGAAAAAAAAAGAGUUUGUUACUCUAUUGUAUGUUACAAAAGAACUAUAGACUGUGGAAUGCAGUUUAAAGAUGACAUAUGCCAACAAAUGCCUUGUAUUAUAUGGCACUGCCGUAAUUCAAAUUUGUUUUUAUUUUGGAAAUAAAAGUUCACUGUAAUUUUUUUCAUUCUCAUUGUUACAUGAUUUUUUAAAAAAUGAAAAGAAAAUGUGAAACACAAUUUAGUCCUCAUUAUUUAUUUGUAGAUCCUGCAGCAUCAUGUUGUAAUUAAUUUUUUGGAAGUUUCCGUUAAAUGUAAUAUUGCUUCUCUUGUUACCAUACUGAUUCUUUUCUAUUUAUAAAUGUAUUUUGAUGGGCAGUAAAACAAAGUGUCUUAAAAGUUUUAAAUAGAGAAAAAUGUGCUUUACACAGUUGCCUAUAAAAAGUGCUCUAUGUUAUCCAAGCAAUUCAUACUAUAAGCUUCACUCUUAUUGUUGUAUGCAAUUUUUACUAUCAUGCAAAUAAGCUUAGGUAAAUAAAACUAAUAGAUCACCUUAGAAAAUUAUGCAAUUAAUGUGAAAAUAAUUGAUGUUUGCAAUGUGUCUUCCUUUGGUUUACAAUCAAUUUUAAAGCUACAUCUGUAUAAAAUUUCUGUAUAAAGGUGUAUUUCUUUUUUAUGAGUUUAUGGCUAUGAAAACACCAGCUAUUUUGUUACAGCUGGCUGUUUUUAUAAGUGUAUCACAAUUUUCUUUAUGCAGAAAUGUUCUGAUUAGGAGUGGUUAUUGACUGUAACUACACAAUUAAAAUUGUUUGUAUGGUAUGACAUGGUAGGGUUUGUCUGCUUAUGUGAAGUAACUUUAAAGAGUCAAAGAUGGCCCUCUCAGUUAGGUGCAUGUUACUAUUUUCUUGAUGAUAUUUUACUGACUUUAAAAAGAGCGAUUGAAAAGUCACUUGAAACACUGUAAAUUUAAAUCACAAACACGUGCUCAUUUUUUAAGUUUAAAAGUGAAGACCAUAACCUGUUUGGGGUUAACAUUUUGCCUAAUAAACAAGAGAUAGCAGGAUGGUCGAAACACCCACCAACAAAAACAUAAAUCUAGUCUCUAGGAGUUACGUACUUAGAAUGAAUUCAUCUGCAUUUUAUUUCACAAUAUUUAAUUAUGGCAACACUUUUUUUGAAGCUAAUGUAUAAAUAUUUUAAAGGCCUUUACCAGUAACAUAAAGUAGGGGAAAAAUGGACCUUCUGUAUAAAAACCUCUUAGCAAUGUAUUUUUUUAAGUUAUGAAUGGAAUAUAAGUUAAUAACUCUGAGCUCAUUUGGUUGUGUAUGUCAUAACUAUAAGAACUAAAUGAAGAAAAUAACACACCUGGAAUUUAAACACAGUCUUCAGAAUCCUUGCAACAUAAAACUCCAUACACUCCGAGAUACAAAAAUGAGGUGUGCUAAUGGUCAUGGAAUGGAUUGAGGCCAGUGUUGCAGUUUUUGAUUAUUAUUUCUUUGUAUUCACUUUAUCUCUUGCUGCUUCUUUUUAAGAUUUCCUAGAUGUUAAUAGGGGUAUCUGGAUUCCUUGAUAGUUGGUUCUGAAAUUGUCCAAUCUCUUCAUGCCUAACAUCUUUCCAGGCACUGAUGAGCUCAUUGGUAGGCAACUGGGCUGCUUUAAUGUUGAACUUUUACUUAAGAAACUAAAAUGGCAUCAUUGAAGACUCCCAAUUCAGCUGUAAAAGUACUAUUUACUUUUGAAGCACAGCUGAACUACUUUGAAGGCAGCUGGUUGGCUGUAACAAAAUUGUAUCGAAAAAAAGUUUUCAAUUCUUUUUAUUAAAUGAGAAGACAACUUUUAAACAUUCUUGCUCACUUCGAGUUUGGAAAACCAUUUGAGGAAAAGAAAUUUAAUAUAAUAGAAACUAGAUUUCAUGUAUUUAAAAAAAUGAGUAGAAACUAGUGUGCCAUGAAGUUUUUUUUUUUUUUUUUUUUUUACCAAAUCCUUUCUUCCUCUUUUCUUUCCCCCCCUCUGGGUUUAGAGGGAAAAGCUAAAGCAAGGAGUAGUCUUUUAUUAUUUUAACCAGCCCCAACAGAAUAUAAGGUGCCAGAAAUUUAAUUUUUUAGAAGGAAAAUUGGAUUGCCAUUACGAUUUUGCCAUUCCCAAUAACCUAAUUUCUUUUGAAAUAACAUUUUGGAUGCAUUUGAUGAGCGUGUGUAAGAAAUCAAUACAAUACUAAUAAUACUCUCACUUGGACCCUUUAACUUAAACAGCAUCAUCUUCCUAGAUAUGAUAUUUUAAGCCAAAAACAAAUAAAUUAAAAGCACAGAUCAAAAAACAGUGAUGGUCAUGAUGGAGUGAGCAAAAUUGUUUUCAGAGAAGAUGGCACAAUUUGGAGAUGAUUUGUUUGGGUCAUCUUCCACAUUGCUCCCCCAAUGUCAUUUAAUGUUCAUACCAGUCCUCUUACUACCAGUGGCUAUGGUAAAACUCCUUGAACAAGCUUCAUUGUGUCCACGUAUUUCAGAAACUUUUAGAAGCUGGGCAUGACAUAGCGCUUUGUGCUGUUAAGACCUUAGCAGAGUCAGGUAGUUUACGGGUAAUAUUCAACCUUGUGCAUCUGAAUCUGUCAUAGAUUCCUUCCCUCAGCACUUUGCCACUAAUUUGUAUUACACUCUGUGGCCAUAUAAUACUUGCACAUUAUGCAAAAAAUAAUGUUGACAGUAUCUCCUUGGCACGUAAUAUGCAGAGUUGACACAUAACCUUUGAAAACCAAGGUAACUAAUAUGUGUGCCCUAGUUGUAUGGCACUUGGUUAAAAAAUCUGUACAUAUUAUGUAUAAAAUGUGUAUUGAUUAACAUUUAGUACUAAGGAAUUCUGAGCUUAAAAGAAGUGGUUUUUUUUUUUUCCAAGUAGUGAUAUCUAUAUCUAACUGUGCUUAUCUAAAAUAUAUAGCUUGAGUAGAAGACAUUUUCAAAUGGUUCAGCAUUGAGUAAAAAUGACAAUCCCAUACAUUUCAUUAUUAAAUUCUGCCCUAUUCCCUAUUGUUAUCAUCAGCUGAUACUAAGGUCCUUGAUUGUCACAAUAUUAUCAAUAAAUGAGGUAUUCUGAACUGCCUGGUGAUAUUUUCAAAAAGAGCAAUUAAAAUGUGUAUACCCUAUUUCUAUAGCCAAUAAAAAAAUAGAACUACCUGGCUGAUGCAAGCCAAAAAUUUGCAUGAUAGUGUGGAAACCAAUGAAGGUCCAAAAAUAUUAAUCACGUUUAAAAAAUAUCAAAAGAUACUGGUACUAUAGUUUAUCUUACAAAUGAGUAUUUUUGACUUUUAAAGGGGGCAUAUUCAUAUUAUGGAUUCAGUGUUUCUUCGGAAGCAAUCCUUUUAAUGUAAAUACUAAAUACUUGCAUGUCUUUUGACAAAGGUUAAAUUACAAUCUAUUAACAUGCACAUUUUUGAUAAAAUAUAAAGUACCCUUAUUUAAAAAAAAAAAAAUGUGGUGAAAGGUGUAUGUCCAGAAUACUAUUACCUGUUAAACAAUACCAAAUGUUAAAUAAAAAUAGUUUGGAUUUAAUGUUUAAAA